CGUACGGAAUAAAAAUUAUGUAUUUGAGUUGAUCUCUUCUUAUUCAUUAAUUUAAAGUAAUCCAGUUGUACUCUGAUCAAUACAACUGGCAGGUUUUUAACGUAUGAGUAUGGAGCACAUGUUGUUACAUCAUAAAAAGUUGGGUGCUUUAAACAAUGCUGUUAAAAUAUUGUUCAUUUAGGCUACAUUCACACAGCAACAAUGUAGUAAAAAACAAAUUUAGUGAAGUUUUUCAUUUACUUUUUAGGGUUAGGGUUAGUACACACCGUACACUAAACUAUGUUGUCAAAAAUAUCUAGAUUUGGCUAUACUCACAUGCCUACAAACUGAAGUAACGCAUACGCAGGACAUUUAAAUAACAGUGUGAUGUAAAAAUUAUCAAAAUUGCAAGACAUUGUCAUUCAUAUAAACGGCCACUUAUUAACCAACUUAGUGUGUAUGCAAAACUAAUGGUGUGAUAAGGUAGAAUGCUGAGAUAACUAAAGCAAACAAAGGGUUAGAAAGUUAUUUCCUCAAAGCAGCUUUAUGAGAUAAUAAUAGUAAUAAUAACCUUUAUUUUCUAUAGAACCUUUAAAUGUACAUCUCAAAGCGCUUUAAAGAAACAAUUAAAACAACAAAUAUACAGCACACAAAAAUAUUAAAAUUAAAGAGACAUUAUACACUUUAAAAUACGCAUUAAAGAAAAUAAAUCAAUUAAAAGCUAACCUAAAAAAAUAGAUUUAAGCUGAAAUUUAAAAAUACCAAAAAAAAUUGCUUGCCUAAUCUCAAUCUAUAGAGAAUUCCAAAGUUUUUAAUCCACCUAAAACUAUGCAGAUCUCUCUCUAAUUAGUCUCUGGUGACAGAAUGUCUAUGUUUGAGGCAGACAGACAUGAUGUGUGUGUCUGAUUGGGCUCUUUAAAUUCAUUGCACAUGAACGCAGACUAUCAGACCUGCAGGACACAUUCAGCCCUGGACAUCUGCAUCAUGUUACACUUCUACACAUCUGAAAAAAUGCUGAAGAUUCUUUUGACAGUGUGUUUGUUCGGGAUCCUUUCGCAGCCUACAGACCAGGUUCCGGUUGGUGGGGGCUUUAGUUUUCUCCUGUAUCCAGGAUCUGUUCAUGGGCUGUAUAAACCGCAGGGAGGUGUGAUUCCAAUGGCCACAUUUGAACAGAAUACAGUACACCAUCACAAUCCACAGGCACAUCAAAGCAAGAUCAGCACUCACAGUGAGUUCAAGCCUUUAAACACAAAUGGUGCGUUUCUCCAACCUGCAAUUAACUCGUGGCCUGUCCAGGGUCCUGCCCCUGAUCUAGCUGCUGAUCCUGCUCCUGAUCCUCCCACUUUCCCAACUGAGUCUUUAUCUCUGCAGGGACAGAUGCAGAUGUCAAAUUUUCUCCCAUUUAACUUUCCUAUGCAGGUGUAUUCAUUUGUCCAGCCAGCUGUAAUUGCAGAUUCCGGCAGCUCAGAGGAAGGACAAACAGCUCAGGUGAUUUACAUGAUUCCUAUCAGUGUAGAAUCAUCCAACAUGGGUGUAAUGGAGGCCACCGUGCCAGACCCAGGGCAUCUUCAUGUCCCAUCCACCACCUCUGCUAUGGUCACUACCUAUCCUGCUGCUCAGGGGCAGUUAGGGGAAACUGUGGGGGCAGUAACAGGCACAGAGAGGAAUUAUGUGAAAACAGAAACACUGAUAGAGCGUAAAAACACAAGAGGAAUUCAACCCGAGCUAUCUGUUAAACAUGAUAAUGUUAUUAUGUGAACAUUGUUAUGUAGGUUGGAACAGGAUUGCAUGUUGUACUCCAGUGUCCCCAGCAAUCUCACCUGAUGUUUCAUCACAUUUUGAACUGUAACAUUUAAAUUAAAACUGUGCUUGAAAGAAUUUACUUUGUUUUUUAGAAACAUUAACCAUGUUAAUUGGAAUAGUUUUGACUGGGUUAAAGAUUGCCAACUAAGGCAAAGGGGCUAAGAAAGUAAAACACACACAAAACAACAAUCAAAUGUUGAGUUAAAGAUGCUAAUCACAUUUCCGCUGUUUGCUUAAGAUUAAACUGAUGCUGUUUGACUAAGUUUCUGAUACAUUUCUAUAUAGUUACUGUGAGAAAUUUCUAUUUCCUGUCCAAGCGUGUGACCUCUGACCCCAAUAUCAUUCGUAUUCAAUGACUCCCGUUAUAAACAGGAACUCUGUUCUUUAAACCAGUUAUGGAUUUUAGAUUCUGUUUAUUGAUGAGGCUUAGCUCCUGCGGUAAAUUCUGUGUUGAUAAUAUCACAUUCUGGGAUGCCGAAAUUAUUUUGAUGAGAAUUAUACAGUGAAUAUUAAUAAAGUAUGUUA